AUGAAGUCCUCCUCUCAGGAAGCUCGAUCCAUAUCAGAAGAUAGAGUAAAACAAAUACUUGAAAUUUAUGGAACAAAAGCCUGGGACAAAUUAUCUACUGAAAUUUCCAAAAAUGGACUCAAAGUUCCAGGAAAUCCACCAAAGCUUCCAGUUUAUGACAUUUGCAAGCUCGGCAGAGAACUUAUGGAAUCCUUGUCCAGGAAAUACGUAACUAUCGCAUGUAAAAAUGAUUCAGAGGAACGUUGGCUCCAUAUUUCUGCUCAAGAUCCGUUUAUUUACAAAGAGGGUAAAAAGUCUUCAACUUUUUCUGACAAAAUAGACUCCAUGGUAGUUUUAAUCCACAACAAUUGCGUUUUCAAUUGGAAAAUGUUCUCUGAACUUAUGAACCUAGUCAAAAGUGAAAAGCUAAGGGUGAAGUCAAGCUGUAUUGAUCUCAUCUAUUCUGCUUUUAUGGAAGUGUUACCUGGCCGUAAACUUCGUUACAUUAACGAGGUUAACAAGGAGGUCAUUGACUUUUUAGGAUACAAGUUACAUCCCUUUUCGAAAAAUCUUAACUCUUGGGACACUUUAGACUUGGACGUAGUCAGUUUACUCCUGACAAUAACUUUUGAGGAUUAUUUAAAAGGGAUUUAUUCUACAUUUAUUCAGGAGCUUUCCGAUGUGAUGAACCGUGGAGUGGAUUUUUUACAGAAAAAGGCUUCAAACCUAGCCUUACAAAUGCUUAUUCAAAAGCCUGAGCAAGAAGAAAUCUUGCUUGAUUUAAUAAUCUCAAGACUGAGCCACAAAGAUAAUAAGAUGUCUUCUUACGUGUUUAAAAUGCUGGAUACUUUGCUUUUAAAUCACGAAAAGAUGAAAGGGGUUGUGGUAAAAGGGAUACUAACCAAGGUAAAAAGUCUACUGCCCAAAUUACAAAGUGAGUUAAUUAAAGGAACUCCAGGGAUAAAAGAAUCUGGACGGAGAAGGAAAAGAAGAAAACUGACAAUAAACAAUGAAUGCAUACUAAUUCUCAAGAGUAUCUAUCGCUGUAUUUUAUAUUUUUCGAAACUACACUACACAAAGUCGGACCAUUCUAUUGUAAAUGUUAUUUUAAAAGAUGCAAUUGAUAUAUUAUUACUAUUUAUAAGGCAGAAUUCCACCAACGACAAUAAGAACAACCUUAAGGAUGCCACCAAGACUGCCAGAGUACCAAAUGUAUUGUUGUGUAAGUAUGAGGAGUGUGAUAGAAUAAUAAAGAUAUUACUACUGUUUAUUAACAAGCUUUUGAAUUAUUACAAGAAUACUGAUGAUUACGAUCAAAAGAAAUCACUAUUUAACAGUGGAAUAAUAGAGAACUUAUAUGAGCUUUCUUAUAAAACAAAGUCUAGGUCAAUUACCAUAUCAUUACUAGUUUUAAUGUACCACAUAUGUCCAAACAGUGACGAGUAUUACAAGUUGUUGUAUAAUAAUGCAUUCAACAUUAGACUCUAUGAGUCCACUAGUGUUCACAAAUUCCUCACACUGAUCCAACAAAUACUGGAGGGCAAAAAUGAAAAAAACAACAUAUUAAUCCGAAAACUUCUCCAAGUUACUCUAUGUAAUUGUAACAACAACAUAAACAGUGAGAUUAUCAACACUGUACUAAACAACACUAACAAUGACAACUUUUGGGAGCUAAAACUUCAGAAACUAUCAUACAAUCCAUUUAUAAUAAGUACACUUGAACGCAAGUACAAUAAAGACGAUGAGAAUUAUAAUUUGUACAAUGAAUUGAGUGUGUUCAGUUCUGCGCUCCAGUUGGAUUACACUCUUGAGAAAUAUUGGAGGAACCGUCAAAGUUGUAAGUUACACCAAAAACCAUUUCAACUCUACUAUCAAUCGAAGUUCAACUUACAGAAUAUAAAGGAAGAUUACCACUCUUCCGAUGAUAUCAGUGUUACUGAUGAUCUCACUGAACUAGAUGAAGAUGAGUCCAGCGACGACUUGAGCGACGAAGAUAUAACUGAGGAAAAUGAUACUGAUAGUCACGAUUUUACAGACACUGACGAUGAUUUAACUGAUGAAGUAGAUGACCAUGAAUGA